AUGUCUAGCAUUCUUGAAUUGCCUUCCGAAAUCUAUCAUCAUAUUUUCAGUUAUCUUGAUUAUGUCAAAGAUAUUUGCAGAGAUCCAUAUCUCAGCUAUUUGCCAGUUCAAAAAGAUGAGAUUGAUCAUUUGCUCAGAACACCUUGUUUUGUUGAUUUUGAAAAGGAGCUCAAAGCCUUGUCCGAGCUGCAGCCUCUUUCGAUGACUUGCUCAACUUUUUGUAAAAUGAUUGCGUCGUACAAACCUUUGAGUUUAAUGAUUCGCUUUUCUUGUCAUAAUCUUGAAAAUUGUAUCCGUCAAAGACCUGUAAAAAGGGGCUUUGAGUGUGAAACGUCAUACACGAUGAAAUUAUACGUAUCACGAUGGUACGAUUUUUCAAUUGUGGAACCCACCAAACAAGAAUUUAGAAUUUUGAAUAUCUCUAAAUGGCGUAAUUAUUUAGAAAAGUUUAUUAAUCGUAGAAAGGCGUGCUUUCGAAAUAUUGAAUAUGUUGGUGUUUUUUCAGAUGUUGGAAAAAAUUAUUGUUCGUCCAUUAGCAUUCAACCAAUCCAAUUUCCGUUUUCUUUAUUUCCCAAGCUUAAAUACAUGACUCUUCAUUUGGUUGGAGCUUGUAUAUAUGCUCGUGAAAUAGUACCAGAUCAUGUCAUCAUGAACUAUGUUACGAGUAGCACUACUUUUGGCAACCCACCACAGGUACCACUCAACCCGACUGACUUUGGAGCUUUUGAAUACUCCCAAAGAAAUAAGUCAAUACAUGAAACGAUUUUCUCAGUGGUGAACAAAUUUCCAAAGCAAUAUCUCAGAGUUGAACUUUAUAUUUUGAUUCUUUUGAAAAUAUCCAAAUUCGAGGCAGCACGCUCAUUGAUUGACAACUUUACAAUUGAUGAAGAUUAUUUUUCAUAUGCUUGGAACUUUUCGCUCGCCGAAUCAUUUCAGAAUCAUGACAAAGAUCGGUUUAGAGCAACUAUAUCUCUUUUAGCUCGAAUCAAACAAAAGUUUAAGGGUAUAGUGAUCAAACGGCUGUGUAUCAACUCAAUGGAACAACUCAAAAUUGUGGAGGAAUAUGGUGUUCUAGAUCAAAGAGACAUAAUGCCAAAUAUAACACUUCACUUCUUAACGUACAUUAGCAAUAACCAAGAAACAGAACUAUUGAAGUCUUUAAUUGACAAAUAUGGUGUUUAUAUUGGUCGUUAUGGAUGCUCUCUGCUGUAUACACUGUCAGAUUUUAUGAUCAAUUUUGUGAAAACAAACGUUAAAGGAUAUGAUUUUAUUAGAAAUGUUAUCGUUACUGAGCAAGAUCAACAACACGACGAAAAGUCAAUGAUAGAAAAAUUUAGAGUUCCAUUUCAUAUGCAAAAUAUUUCCUUAAAUCCCACGUACCAUACUAUGUUUAAAUAUCUAGAAAUUGAUCCCUAUGUAACAGAUAUGUAUGGAAACAAUUUAUUGCACUAUGGUUGCUUUUUCAGAUAUCUGUCAAAAUACAAAGGAACAUCCGUGUUAGGUUUGAGUGAAGAUAUUGUUUCUAAACUCCUUAACGUACCAAAUAAUUUUGGAAUUACUCCUCUUAUGAUUGACUCGUUGCGAUUUACAUAUAUUUCAUUUCGACAUGAUGAAAUUUCGUUUACUCUAAAGUACCACCGAGAGUAUCCAUGCCUAUAUCUGAGAAAUCAAUUGGAACAAUGUCAUGGACUGAUAUGGACACCUUCACGAAUACAAAUCAUGUGGUCUGAUUCUGUACCAAAAUCAGUUGUAUCACAGACUUAUCCAAUAUUCACGCAAGAGAUGAGAAUGGAAAGCAUUGGAGCCAUUACAAGAGCAGCAUAUACUCAUUUCGAGAAGAGAGUAAUAUAG